AUGGCCACGCAGCCCCCAACACUGCACAAAAGAAGAAAAACAAAAAGAAGAAGCGAAAACAUAAACAUGGAGGCGCACCGGACGGCCAGCUCAACAUCCCAUAGCUCGUUCCGUCGCGACUGCUGUGCGGUGGUGUACAAUAAACUUGGAUGGCCAAGGUGUGGUGAAAAUGCCGGCAGGAUAUGCACGCAUGCCCCGUGGAAUGCAUGGAUCCAAGUAGCAGUCCCUUCGUCUAUCCUGGAGAGGGAAAAAGCGCGUCGGGAGGCUAGCAUGACCUUCAACGGCAUGGCCAGUAUGAUUAUUGCCACUCAUCACAAAAGUGUGGCAUGUACCGUCGGCUCUACGAUGUUUAAUCGCGUCGAGCAAGAAGAUAUCUCGGGCUGCGGCAUCGCGCACAUCCAGCUAAGGGUUGGUUCAAGUGAAACGAGAAGGAAAGAAGUUGCCAUCACGCCAAGGAGGCCGCCAGUCCAAUCUGUGGCUGGAUGGAGAGAUUGCGAUCGACGGCAGAUACUUUGCAAGUGGUCGACAGCGCAAAGGUCGAGACAGCGAGAACUGGCAUGCCCUCGUGUCGGCCAUGGACUCAAAGUUACGUGCAUCGACCAGAGUUGGUUCGACUGA